GCACAAAAAAUGAUGCCUCAGCUCAGCCUACCUUCUUCUCCUCGACCUCGGCCUCUGACUUAGCUUCCUUUUCGCAAACGUAACCGCAAUUUUAGUUGACCUUUGAACUCGAUCGAGACACACGUCGGAGCUGAGUCGAGUCGAGUGGAGUGAAAUUGGAUCAUUUUGGAACUGUUUACGACUACGAGGACAAAUCUUUUGAAGCAUGAGUGUUGGAGAGCUACUAAAGGGCCUUCCGUGCCACGAUGAGAACAACUUCACCAAAUACCACAGCGAGCCAAACAGAAGUACUCCGAGCAAGAAGCCUAAUGUGUACUUACCAACCAAAGAUUACCCUUCAGAACAAGUUAUCACAACAGAAAAGACAAACAUCCUUCUAAGGUAUCUACAUCAGCAGUGGGAUAAGAAGAAUGUUCAUAAAAAGCGAGAUCAAGGUAACGCCAACCUAGACACAGAAUCACCUCCAGCCCGAAAGAUGCCCAGGCUACAACACAAUAGCAGCAGAGACAACGCAGGACACUAAACGGCUGUCUCCCAUGCAAAGUCUCGAUAUAUCGUCGCUAUUACCAUGUCACAAACUCUGUCGCCAUUUUGCAUGCAAAAAAAAACAAUCGAAACGAUGAGGCUGGAACAUUCCUGAGCAUGUGACCCCCUUGAUUGAGGCAGCUGUCUUCUAGUAAUGUUUUCAUGGCCAGUGUGAACAUGCUCGAGAAGUCGUAUAGGGAUGAAACAGCAGGCGGUGUUGUGUUCUAUGUGAUGAUCAAGGACAUUUGGAGAGGAUUCACACUUGCCGCUUUCCCUCGCUUCCAGAAACGAAGUGCACAAAUUAACUGGGGGUCGUUCUGAGCAUGGGGGAGGAAAUGCCUGAAAAAAAUUGAUCCCACAAAUGUAUUUUCUUUAUUUGUAUGCCUUGCUAUUAAAUGUAUAUGUAUAUGAUACUCUAUUAUUAUUAUUAUAAAUGAUAAAUGAUUAUGUAUGGUUUUUCAUGCCCACAUGUAAAAGGGCUUUUUAAGACAAUGGGUUUUUGAGCGCAAAAUGCAUAGUAGACUUUGCAUUGUCUUUUAAGCCUUUUUUGUUGGCUUACAUUUUUGUCAAUAAAUAAAUAUGAAUGUGUAGAUGAGUGGUAGGUCUUGUAUGAAUUGAGUACAUCUCUAAAAAUGUCAGAGGUAAUUGCAAGAAUCUGCACACCUAUUUCCUUCAAGUCCAAGAUAUUUCACUCCUUGAAGUGGAAGAUUGUACGUAAUGCAGUUUGUUUAAAUACUGCUACAUAAAAAAGGUUGAAGAACUUAUUUCUUGUUCAUUAAAAUGCAAUACAUGCAACUGUUGACCCUUAUGCUAAAUUGUAAAUGAGGUAACCAACACUUUCCCUGCUUUGUGAGUACAUUUUUAACCCUGAUCAAACUUUUUAAAAAUAUUGAAUUUUUCAUCCAGAUGGAUGUUAAUUAUAAUUUUUAAAUCAAAUUUCAAUUCAGCUGUAGCAGAUGGGAUUUGGAAUCCAACUAUAGGUCACAAACUUGUGCAUAAAAUUAUUUGUUAGUUAAAAGAAAGCUUUGUGAAACAAACCAGAUGUUCUCCAAUUUACUUUGAAAACUCCAAUUUGAGUUUGCAAUUGAAUUUAAAUAUACUUACAUAUAGUAGAUUAUGGUAUCUGAAUUCUGUAAAGAAUUGGCACAAUUGUUCUGUUUAUAACAAAAUAUAAACAUGUCAGUUUGGUUCAAAUAAAAAAGAAAAGAAAAAACAGGUGGAUAAUUUCAUGGAACCCCAAAAUAACAAUAAGUAUUAUUCAUUAUAUUCUAUUUCAUUAUUUCAUCAUAGUGAUGUAUGAAGUUUUAGUAUAAUUGAAACUUGUUGAAUUAUUUUCUCACAUUUUUAAAGGUUUAUUUCCUUAUUCUCCAUGUAUCUUCUUGAAAGUGGAAUCUCGGCCUGAUACAAAAAUUACUUUAAAGGUAACUCAGUAAUCAGUAAUAUUAUCUACCAUGACAACAUUGGACCAGCCAAUCAACUCAGAUUCUAUGGCUGAUACCUUUGGGACAAACUCCGACAAAGUUACUAUUAAUGCUAAGUUUUAUGCAGCGGCCUCAGCAAGGCGAUCAUACAUGUACUGUAUACAUGCAUGUAGUGAGUACAUCGUUGUGGACCAAAUAUUCUUUUUUCAGGAAAAAUUAUAAACAACUUGAUUGCUGAUGUAAAUUUUUGCUCUCAGAACCACUGCAAUUUCAAUGCAGAUUGGAAUGUAUCCAUCUGCAUUCCUAUUAUUGAUUCUCAAAGCUACAUUGGAAAUAUAGUGUUUGUUUGGGAUUAUUUUAGCUACAGCAGUUAUUUUUCUCUAAUAGAAUUACAUUGUUAGUCAAACCCACAUGUAUGCAUGUGAAUUAAAAUGUGCCCAAGUAGUUUAAAAUAGGAACAAAAUCUCACAUAAUCAUCGUUUGAUUUUUUUUAUGCACCCAGAAAGUAGUGUCUGUGUUCUGAUAUCCAGUGCAUAAGACUUGCAUGGCAUUGAUAGGUUGACUGUAAUUUCUGAUCACUCAAAUUAUCACAUCCAAAUUUCCUCCUUGUCCAUCAAUCUCACAACUUCUCCUUUCUAAUUCAUACAAAAAUGUGUAGUGUAUCUUUGCCUACUGAUAGUUUUUGUAAUCCAUAGAUUAGUAUUUGGCCUAAUACAUGUAUGCUUUCCUGAUUAUUUGAACAUAAUUUGUUUCAGGUUUGAAAUGAGUUCUCAAUAUGUGGGAUUAUAUAUGAUUUUUACCAUAUUGUUAACCACUUUGCUUUAAAGUUUUAUUGCAUUCUUAACUUUUAUCUGUAUGGGGCUAAAAUGAUUUUAGCUCUAAACGAAGAAAAGUUACAAUGUAUGUUUGUAUCAUUGUUUUGUUUUUAGCUCAUCCGGCCCGAAGGGCCAGAUGAGCUUAUGCCAUGUCGUCCGUCGUCUGUCCACAAUUUCAAAAUGCUUCUUCGCCAUUUCAAGUCCGAUUUCAAUUCUGUUCGCUUUAUAUGAUAGCACUAGGUGGGGGAUUCAAAACUUCGACACAGAAUUUUGAAACUCAUUAAAUAUGCUAAUUUAUGCGCAUUUUUCAAAAUUCACAAAAAAUGCUUCUUUUUCUUCAUUUGUUGACCGAUUUUGAAUUUUUUGCUUCCAUCUGUUAGAGCUUGAUGAGGUUCACCAAAGUUCCACACAGAAUUUUGAAAUUGACUAGAACAAUUUUAUGCUAAUUUAUGCGAAAUUAAUUUAUGCAUAUUUUAAAAAAUUCACAUAAAAUGCUUCUUUAUUUGUUGACCGAUUUCAAUUUUUUUUCUCCCAUCUGGUAGAGCUUAUAAGGUUCACCAAACUUCUACACAGAAUUUUGAACUUUGGAGUAGAAAAUUAUUUAUGCUAAUUUAUGCGAAAUUCAUAAAUCACAGAAAAUGCCUCUUUAUUUGUUGACUGCCGGAAUUUCAGUAUGCUUCUUCUUCAUCAUUUCAAGUCUGAUUUCAAUUCUGUUUGCUUUAUAUGAUAGCAUUAGGUGGGGGAUUCAAAACUUCUCCACAGAAUUUUGAAACUCAUUAAUUAUGCUAAUUUAUGUGUAUUUUUAAAAAUUCACAUAAAAUGCUUCUUCCAUCUGGUAGAACUUCAUGAGGUUCACUAAACUUCUACACAGAAUUUUGAAAUUUUCAGUAAAAAAUUAUUUAUGCUUAUUUAUUCAUAAAUCACAGAAAAUGCCUCCUCUUUAUUUGUUGAAUGAUUUUGAUUUUUUUUUCUUUCAUUUGGUAGAGCUGCAUGAGGUUAACCAAACUUGUACACACAAAUUUGAAAUUUUGUCUAGAAAAUUAUUUAUGCUAAUUUAUGCAAAAUUUAUUCAUAAAUCACAAAUAAAUGUUUUUUCUCCUUCAUUUGUUAAUCAAUUUCAAUUUUGUUCGCUUUAUAUGAUUGCUCUAGGUGUUGAUACAAAAUUUCAACACAGAAUUUUGAAACUCAUUAAAUAUGCUAAUUUAUUCAUAUAUUUUCAAAACUCACAAAAAAUACUUAUUUAUUUGUUGAUUGAUUUUGAUUAUUUUUGUUCCAUCUGAGAGCUACAUGAGGUUCACCAAGGUUCUACACAGAGUUUAGAAAUUUUGACUAGAAGAUUAUUUAUGCUUUAAUAAUUUAUAUGAAAUUUAUUCAUAGAUCACAAAACAUGCUUCUAUGUCAUUUCUUCAUCAAUUUCAAUUCUGUAUCCUCAAUAAAUGUCACCACUAUAAUUCACUACAGUGUCAACUGGGCUGAAAUUAAAAUUGUGUUAAAUUUCGUUGCGAGAUGCCGGAUGAGCCCCACAUCAUUGAUGUGCUAGUUGCAAGUUGUGCUACUGCUAAUAGAUACUUCCAGGCAGCUUGAUGUCCAAGUGAAGGAAAUUGAAAAUGUUUUCAUGUAUCAUUUGUAAGUGUAUACAGAGCUGCCAAGUAGUACGAUUUUUCCGUAUUUAGUACGUUUUUGCAACCAAAAUACGGCAGUACGUUUUUUCUUUAAAAAAUAUGUUUUUUGUAUUUUUUUUUUUUUUUAAAAUCGAAAUUUAUUGAGAAAAAUCAUCUCUAUAUGUCUCUAUUUCAUGAAACGUACACAAAUAUGGUUAUUAGAUCAAUGUAAUUUCAGGUAACUUGUUUUUUUUUCAAUCAUUUUGUAAAAACCAGGGUGAGAUAUACACAAGUUUCAAUUUUAUUUUUUUUAUCUUCAAGAGCAGUGCACAUUUUAGCUUGCAUGCAGCUUGAGUGCCGUGAUGGACGAGUGCGCCAAGCAUUUUAUUAUGAAAUACACUUUUUUGGGGGAAAAUACAAAAUAUUUAUCUCACACGGUAAAAAUACUGAUUUUUUUUGUCAAAAUACUGAUUUUGGGAGAUAAGAAUACUGAAAAUGCAAAAUACAACUUGGCAGCUCUGUGUAUAUGUGUAUGCUCCAGUCAUGCCGGACUAUACAUACAUAUCAAGGGACCUUUUGGCAUUAUAGAGCUACUGGGGAGGGGCAGGGGUCAGUAGCAAUUGGCCAGGCAAGUUUAAAUGAUCAGGGGUAAACUUUUGAUCAGGUGCCCAUUCCAGGAAAUUUUGCAUGUUAAUGACUCGAUAGAUCAAGUAUAAAUUGUGCGCAUUCGAUUGUUUGAAUAUCAAGUUGCGCUUGAUAUUUGCAGUGGUGUUCUAUUGCAAAAUUUUCUGCAUCAGAGACCUGUUGCAUAAAACUUUUGCCAUAAAAAACUCUGGCAAAUAAACAAAACCUCUAGCAAACAAAAUUAUGCCAUUGAAAAUUACACAUUAAAAAACUCUGGCAAAAAAAAUUGCCAGAAAACUCUGGCAAAAAAAAUUGCCGGAGUUUUUUAUGGCAAAAUUUUGCAAUGGGCCCCAGGUCCUAGAUUUUUUCCCCUGCAAAAUUAAAGUUAUUCAAAUUGGGAAGGUGUUUUACUUUUACCCAUGCAACUUUUAAGUAAUAAUUGAAAUUGGGGUGUUCAUCCAGUGAGUUGGUAUGUGUGCACCAAUUAGGGAAAGAGUUUGGCUGUAGUAUGCUUCAGUGAAAACUCAUUAUAAGCCUAUUUAUUUGUACACAGAGUAUGAAUCUUGUUUUACUGUGUAUCUUAUGAAAGGUUACACUUUUGAAAUGGCUGUAUGAAAAGCUCUUAGACUCAACUUUAUAAAACAUUCUGACAACAAAGUUAUGAAAUAAUUUGUGUUUCGGUAAGCAUUGCUCACUUUUGUAAUGGGAAUGAAAAUUAGGAUACACAUGAAUGGAUCUUCCUAUUUGUGAGAUGAAAUUCCUGGAAUUGAGGAUGAUAUGAAAUAUUUAUGCUUUGAAAUGCAUUUAAAUGGCAGUUAUGCCAAAUGUAUUAAUUUAUAUCAAACUUAAAUAUUUGUUGAUUUCUUUGUCUAUAUAUCCUCUCUGGUUUCUUGUCAUUACUGCAUUUAAGAUACUGUAUGAGCACCAAAAACAUAUCAAUUUUGUAAAAGUAAUUUUCCUCUGUGCAUAAAUAUAUUUCCAUGCAUCUGCAAUACACAUAACCAUAGUCUGAUUUUGGUUCCAUGUGUAAGAUUUUAUAGGGGCUCGAGAAGGAAAAAAAAAGUCAAUUUGAUUUUUAUACAUUCUACAUCACACUAUGUAUUCAUUCUCCUCCUUCACAUACUAUUUCAUGGAUGUAGCUCUUGUUAUACUUUUACAAAAUGGUACACAUAACAGCUGGAAACAACAUUCUGAUGGUUAAAAACCAUCAUUUAUUUUAUGUUAAUGAUUAAUAAAAAUAUUCUGCAUUUAUAUUAUGAA